CCAACCAGGACAGGACACCAAAACCAGAACGCCCUCCCAUGAGUGAGAGCGGUCGAAUAGAGUCUACUGUGCUAUCAAACCGUGGGGUGCGAUUGCUUGCGUUUGCUUGCAGCUAAUGUCAGCCCUUUGACAUCUCAGACCUUCCUGCCGCUCGUUCGUCUAUGAGAAGCGUCGGUCACCGAAGCCAUCAUGGAGAAGGAAACUCCGCCGACGUCGGCGACUUAUGCCGUAUCACGCUCGCGCGGCAAGCAGCCGGACGAGUCGCUUUACCGUGCCAAACUCAGAGAAAGGAGGAAAGCAAAGGGCCAGGCGAAAUCAUCUGACGAAUCCGAGUCCGAAGACGAAAUCGAGCCAGGCGCCGUGAUAUUGCACAAGCUCUUCAACCGUAGGAUCGUCCUGCAGCCUGACAACACCGUCGUCAAGUCCGGGAAACGCAUAGCCGUAGGAGAGGCGGAGGCGCUCAGGGUCGCCGCCCAGGCUGGCAUACCUGCCCCUUCCGUGCACGACGUGCAUUUAUCUUCUGACGGUGGAGGCCGCAUACGCAUGGACUACAUCGACGGGCAGCCUCUCGAUCAGCUGUGGCCCGACAUGUGCGCCGCGCAGAGGAAAGACGUCGCCCUCCAGCUUCGAGAAAUCGUGGACAGGAUGAGAUCCGCCGCCCCCCCUCCGCCCAACCUCAUCGGUGCUUGCGACGGCACUGAGAUACGGGACACGAGGCUGUACUUUACGUAUCAUUCCGCGCCGUGUCGCGAUGAAGCGGGGUUCAACGAGUUUCUGCUGUCGUCCCUUUACAAGGUCACUCCGCCGCUCGUGUGGGAGGCAUUCACGCGUCGACUUCGGACGGAUCAUCGCAUUGUGCUCUCGCACUGCGACCUCACGCCGAGGAAUAUCCUUGUUGAUAAGGACGGUAGGAUCAUCGGCCUCGUGGACUGGGAGGACAGCGGGUGGUAUCCUGAGUACUGGGAGUAUGUCAAAUUCUUCCAGCGCAGUGCGGACAAUGACUGGAGGCAGUAUGCGGAGGACAUCUUCUCGGAGCUGUAUCACGAUGAGUUGGUUGAUUACAUUGCUAUUACCAAGUGGCAGGAUUCGUAGUGGCAGGAUUCGUAGCGUGUUAUGAAAGAUUAAAGUCUCAAUAUGCUAAGCCGUCAU